AUGAAAUGGAAGGGCCCCAACUCGUCAAAAUUCAUACACUACCUCACUGCCCAUUGCCGCGCCGUCAAGGCCGGUUUCCCCUUGCCGGUUCUCAUCUGCAAUCAGCUCAUCCAUCUGUACUCCAACCAUGGUCUUAUCCGCAAUGCCCAGAAGUUGUUCGACGAAAUGCCUCGCAGAAACCUCUUCUCUUGGAACACCAUCAUAUCCGCCCACGUUAAAUGUCGCGACUUGGCCCGAGGGAGAGCUCUCUUUGACUCCGCGCCGGAGCGAGAUUCCGUCACCUACAACUCCCUCCUGUCUGGUUACGUUCGAUUUGGUGGGUUUGAGAGUCUCGCAGUGGACUUGUUUGCUGAUAUGUGGAGUCGCCCUGAUGAGGUUGGAGUCGACGAGGUUACUCUCACCACUAUGAUCAACAUGUGUGCCAAGUCGUUUAUGAUUUGCUUUGGCAAGCAGCUGCAUUGCCACAUGGUGAAGACGGGUAACGAUCUGAGUGGGUUUGCCGCCAGUUCUUUGAUUGACAUGUACUCGAAAUCUGGAUGCUUUGAAGAGGCUUGGAAGGUUUUCGAGGGGUGCGAAGAGGAUGUUAUUGAUUCAGUGACCAAGAAUACCCUUGUGGCAGCCUGCUGUAGACACGGUGAAAUGGAAAUGGCUGAUACAGUAUUCACGAUGGAGAAUGAGUUGAACGAUACAGUUUCUUGGAAUACUUUGAUUUGGGGUUAUGUUCAAACUGGUCAUCCGGAGGAGAUAUUUAAGUUGGUUGUUCGUAUGCGAGAAAGAGGCAUCGAGUAUGAUGAACACACUUUUGCCAGUCUCUUGAUUACUUGUUCUCGCUUGAGGAACUUGAAGAUUGGAAAGGAAAUCCAUGCUUGGGUAUUAAAGAACGGUUGCCUUACCAAUCCAUUUGUACAUGAUGGUAUAGUUGAUGUCUACUGCAAGUGUGGGAAGAUGAACUACGCAGAGUCGCUGCAUUUCGGUUCUGGGACCACUAGCCCUUUCUCCAUCACUUCGAUGGUGACAGGUUACUCAUUGCAGGCGAACAUGGUACAAGCUCGCAAGCUGUUCGACUCCUUAAUAGAAAAGAACGCAAUUGCUUGGACAUCUUUGUUUUCAGGUUAUGUCAAGACACAACAAUGUGGAGCUGUAUUCGAUCUUCUAACCGAGUUCAGAGAAAAGGAAGCAACGGGUCCCGAUCGCUUGAUCCUUGUGAGUGUGCUUGGUGCCUGUGCACUGCAAGCUUCUCUCCUCUCAGGAAAACAAGUUCACGCCUUUGCACUUAGAACGGGAACCGAAGUGGAUGCCAAAAUGAUAUGCGCAGUAGUAGACAUGUAUCUGAAAUGUGGCUGUCUGGGGUAUGCAGAAAAGCUGUUUCUUGAGGUUAAAGAAAAGGAUCUAGUCAUGUACAAUGUCAUGAUGGCCGGCUAUGCUCAUCAUGGGCACGCAGAUGAAGCUAUAGAGCUGUUCCAGUAUAUGGUGAAUAAGGGAAUUAAACCUGAUGCAGUUACAUUCGUAGCUCUUUUAUCAGCUUGUCGCCAUUGUGGGUUGGUUGAAUUGGGUGAAGAGUUUUUCGCUUCAAUGACAGCUACUCACGAUAUACUUCCAGAUAGUGAUCACUAUGCUUGCAUGAUCGAUCUCUACGGAAGGGCUAAUCGACUGAAAGAGGCAGCAUCCUUCAUGGAAAGAAUUCCAAAGGAAGAAAAACGAAGUGGUGUAGUCCUUGGGGCAUUUCUAAAUGCGUGUAAGAUAAACAAGAAUGUACUGUUAGCAAGGGAGGUGGAGAAGACGAUGCUCGAGCUGGGAAUGGAUACUGGAGGAGGUCGGUAUGUGCAGUUGGCCAAUGUUUAUGCCACGGAAGGUAACUGGGGGGAGAUGCAAAGGGUAAGGAAGGAGAUGAAGGAGAAGGAAACCAGGAAGUUUGCUGGUUGCAGCUGGGUGAACAUUGCUGAUACAACUCAUGUAUUCACCUCUGGGGAUUCAACUCAUCCAAAAGCUCAGUCGAUAUUUACUACUUUAGACAGCUUGACUGCAGAGCUAGGUAAAAGUACAAUGAACCCUUAUUGA